AAUUCCCUUCUCCUCCCUAGGUUCGAAUUAUUCAACCUCACUUCUUUUGAAUUCUUCUCUCCUUCUACUCUCUCUCUGAGUCUUCGAAAAAUCUCCGGUAUUGAUUCUGUUCUUUCUUUUCCGAUUCCUUUAGGAUCGGACGGCUUAGUUCCUCGAAGUUAUUUUGUACAGGUAUUUGCCUUGCAUAAUGAAGGGCUCCAAGGGUAAGGGAACAUCAAGGGUGUCCAAAGAAGCGUUGAAGCCAGUGGAUGAUAGAAAGGUUGGGAAGCGGAAGGCUGCCGUCAAAGCUGACAAGGGUGUCAAUCGGCCAACGAAGAAAGAUUUGAAGGCCAAGAAAGAUCCCAACAAACCUAAGAGGCCUCCAAGUGCUUUCUUUGUUUUCCUCGAGGAGUUCAGAAAGGAGUACAAAAGGGAAAAUCCUAAUGUGAAGGCAGUAUCUGCAGUUGGAAAAGCUGGAGGAGAGAAGUGGAAAUCCUUGAGUCAUGCCGAAAAAGCACCAUAUGAAGCCAGGGCAGCUAAGAGGAAGGCUGAAUAUGAAAAGCUUAUGAAGGCAUAUGACAGCAAGAAGGCCAGCGCGGCAGAUGACGAAGAAUCAGAGAGGUCAAAAUCUGAAGUGAAUGACGAGGAUGAAGCCAGUGAGGAGGAGCAUCAAGAAGAUGAUGAUGAGGAUGAUGAUGAAGACGAAGACGAAGACGAUGACUAAAUUGAAAUAAACUUUCUGACGUUUGUAAUGGCCAACCCAGCUGGCAGAGGGAGGGACUAGGUCAUGUAUGUUCAUAUUUUUGGUACUUGGGUGCUCCUGUUAAUUUUGUAAUUUGUGUGCAAACAUGAUAAAGUGUCGUAUGCCACUCCCGUAAUAUGUUUACUUGUUUAAAUGGUCUCCUCCGCUCCGCAUCGCUUCUCAUAUACAUUGUUAAAAUCUUUGGGUGUUUUGGCCUUCUUUUGUUAACCGUUAUAAAAUUAUCAAUUACAUCUUUUGAAAGCUGUAAA